UAUUACUGUCAAGUAUUUUCAAAUAUCAGCAUUAUGCUAUAUUAUUUAAAAAAUAAUAAUUUUUGAGGUUGGCACUGUCUCCUCCGGUCCAGUGGUGGCGCUUGACUUAAGUGUUUUAUCCGAAUCCUAUCCUCCUCCUCCCCCGAAGAAGAAGAAGAGCCAAUGACACAGGGCGGCGUAGAAGAAGAAACCGUGGCGCUUAACAAUGGCGGUGAACUGGUGACACAAAUAAACAAUCCAGUUUUUUCCCAUUUUAAUGCUGUAGUUUUUAUCGGUAGUAGUCUCAUGUCAUAGUUCGCCGUCUGAAGUGUGUCUGCGGCAGAAAAGACACGUCUGUCUCGGUGAGUGUCUCCUGCUGCAGCCGGAUCCCGAUGAUACACAGUUAGCGGCGGUCGACUGAGCAGCUUCUUCUCAUCGUGGACCGCCGAGCUCGUUUUCUUCGCUUCCCGACCGCUGACUAACCGACGAUGCCGCUGGGGUUGAAGCCGUGCUGCGCCGUCUGCAAGACGAACUCCUCGUCCAUGUGGAAGAAAGGGAACCAGGGGGAGAUCCUGUGUAACAACUGCACGGGAAAGAGCGGCGGUGGAGGAGGCGGCGGCGGCGGCGGCGCAUCAGGACCCUCCCUGUCCUCCAGCACACUGCCCAGCAAUGGCGGGGGCAAACAGACCAAGCAGGAGAGCCACAGGAGGUCUGCACGCCUGAGAAGUACCAAGUACAAAGCUCCUGCGUCUGAGAAGAAAGUGUCCACAAAGGGAAAGGGAAGAAGACACAUAUUCAAACUCAAAAAUCCAAUCAAAGCACCUGAAUCUGUUGCAACAAUCAUCACGUCAGAAUCCGUAUUUAAUAAGGGAGUUUAUUACCAGACAGGAGAUGUGAUCAGAGUAAUAGAUGAAGAGGACGGGAGGCCGUAUUAUGCUCAGAUUAGAGGCUUUGUCCAGGACCAGUACUGUGAAAAGAGUGCAGCAUUGACCUGGUUAAUCCCCACCCAGGCCAGCCCAAAGGACCACUUUGAUCCCGGGACAUACAUAGUUGGUCCAGAGGAGGAACUCCCCCGAAAGAUGGAGUACCUUGAGUUUGUGUGCCACGCCCCCUCUGAAUAUUUCAAAUCGCGGAGCGCUCCGUUCCCCACCAUUCCAAUCCGACCAGAGAAAGGCUACAUCUGGACUCACAUAGGACCCACACCAGCCCUUGCUGUCAAAGAGUCUGUGUGUGGCAGCAGUUAACAGGACUCUGACAUGGACUCACUCUGUUGCUUUUGAGAAGAGACUUGUAAAUGUAUGUAACAUAUAAAAACAAAAAUGGUUGUUGGCUACAGCCUUUACUUCAGAUUGAAGACAAGCUGUAAUUUGACACUGAAAAUGUAACCACAUUUCGAUAAAAAAAAGUUUUGUCAUUGGAAUAUUACUUUUGUAUUUAGUAAUAAACAGAAAAAAAUUCGUUUCACUUUA